CCUCAUUAUGUUCCAAACCGCAACACCAGACAAAGCGAUUGCCUUUACCCAACGCUGCGUGGCGUUAACCUGCUGCUGGCCGCCACCGUUGGGGGCUACUAGGUCCCAGAUCCUUUUGUACAAGGUCUUAAGGAUCAUGGGGCUCGUCAACGGUUUAGUACUACUUGUUCCGUUGUUGUAUGCGUUGCACGUGUACCGCAACGAUACUGAGAUCCUGACCAAGGCUGCGGUCAUGGUUGCGGGCGUCGCUCAAGUCUCCUCUCAAACGAUGCUCUGUGCGAUGCAAUACGAUCGGUAUCAGCGAUUGAUCGAACACAUGCGACUUUAUUGCAAGGCAGCGAACUCGUCCGAGAGACAGAUCCUCCAAGAGUACGUCGACAAGUAUGCCGCGUUUUACGGGUCCUGCGCCACUUGGUUUUACGUAUCGGCGUUGUCCGUCAUUUUCGGCACACUUUUCGUAUCCGAUCCGUUCCCGACCAACGCCGAAUACCCGUUCUCCGUCGAUUUCGAACCGCUAAAGAGCAUCAUUUUCCUCCACCAAUCUGUCGCCUGCAUGCAGUGCGCCGCUCAUUUGUCCAUGAACAUGUUCUGUGCUUUACUCUUACUAUUCGCUGCGGCAAGGUUUCAAAUUUUGGCAGCGGAAAUGGUCGACAUCGACGGGAUCCGUUCUCUCGUUAAGUGCGUAAAGAAGUACCGGAUAGUAAGAGGCACAAGAAGCAUCUCUAGGGGAAGGAGUUUUAGGUACGCGAUUGAAGCUGCUCGAGGGAUGCGAGUUGUCGUAAUGGUCACGUACACGUUUGUGAUCAUGUCGUCCGUGUUCAGUGGUAUCACCAUCAUUGUUAAGACAUCGUUCACUGUGAAAAUGCAGUCGCUUCUGUUGCUCUGCGCCGGACUUUUGGAGGCCUUC